AUGACUGUUACUAUCUGGACCCUGGGCUUUUUCCAUGCCUUACUUCACUCUGUAAUGACAUCUCGUUUGAGCUUCUGUGGUCCCAAUCAUGUCCAUCAUUUCUUCUGUGAUAUCAAGCCAUUGCUGGAUCUGGCCUGUGGAAACACUGAGCUCAACCUUUGGCUGCUCAAUACAGUCACAGGCACCAUUGCCCUCACUUCAUUUUUUCUGAUAUUUCUCUCUUAUUUCUACAUCAUCACCAAUCUUCUCCUCAAGACCCGUUCUUGCAGCAUGCUCCACAAAGCACUGUCUACUUGUGCUUCUCACUUCAUGGUUGUUGUUCUCUUCUAUGCUCCUGUUCUCUUCACAUACAUCCGUCUUGCCUCAGGCAGCUCUCUGGAUCAGGAUACAAUCAUCGCCAUCAUGUACAGUGUGGUCACCCCUGCUCUCAAUCCACUCAUCUACACCUUGAGAAACAAGGAAGUGAGGAGUGCAUUGAAUAGAAAGGUGAGAAGAUGGCUCUGA